CGAGACUGCCUGCAAUAACUUUACUACCGGUGCACGCAUUUUCAAGACCUACGCAUGCAUUAUAGCUAGUCUCACUGAAGUACUAUUUAUCUCAUAAGAUUUUUGUGUUAUUGCUUUCGACCAGAGCACUCUAAGAGCUGAAAUUCAUGGCGAAGAGACGUGCGGAAGACACACUGCUGCACGACGCUGCACCGAAGAGAUGUUACCGCUCUUUGUGCAGUGUUGACAUGCAGCCUGGAGGCAUGGCUCCCUCCGGGGGGGUGAGCCCGCCGUCCCUGCUCGCUUUGCUGGGUAACCGCUGCAGAAAGAGGCCGCACUACUUCGAGGAGCCGGAGAAACAAGAGGAAGAAUCAGCUCUCAGUUUGAAGCCCACAAAGUGCGACAUUAGGAAGCAUGGGGCUCAGGUUUUGAGUAAGGUGCAGACUUCUGGAGGUUCCCAGGAGCGUCACAACGCCAGCACACCUACGAGCUCCAAAAAACGAACUCGAGAAGACUGUACGGGUUCAGAGACUGCCCUUCCUAAAAGUAAUAAUGAAGCUGAUGCGGACACCGAUGCUGAAGACUGCACCUACAACUCCUUCCAGUACUGGAGGGUCCCCUUACCUGAACUUGAUCUUUCACUGCUAGAAGAUAAUAAUGACCAUACUCAAACAAAAAACAAGUCAAAAGAAAAAUAUUCAUCUUCUGACACCAUGGAGGCUUGAAGGAGUUGGGUGCAUUGAGUCUGUACUACUCUGCCCUGACAUCAGUAGGCACAAUGUGAUGCUUUCAGCAGAUAGACACGUCAGAAAAUCAUUAAGGUUGCUUCAAUUGCUUCCAGGUGAGAUGCAUCAAUCUGAUGUUGCCAUGAUAGGGUGAUGUAGACUGUAGAAAGUCAGCCUCUUAAGAUCUUAAUAAGGUAGGUGUGGCAACACUGAGAUCUGCACAGCAACAACACUGUUCUUACAGUAGGGACACAGCAAGCGGGGACAACCUUUGAAGGCUGGUCUAUCCCUCCCCCUUUGUUUCCCUUUCCAGUAAAAAAAAAAUAGUGAAAACCGAUUUCUGUCAAGUAUUUCAGACAACAUUGUCCACAAAAGUGACUGAUAAUUUAUGUUUUGCUCUUUUGUGGACACAGUUAUCUGAAUACUUUAGUUUGUAUUUUAUGAAGAAGAAAUCCAACAAGGUUAAAAAAUUCCAUAAACUAAUAUCUUUCAGUGUGCUGUUUGGUAACUCGUUCCAAAAAGGUUUUUUACAAGUUUCAGAUGUGGGGAAAUACAUAUUUUGGAAUUGAAGACAUCUUAUUAAACUAUGUUGUAAUAGCA